CCCACGCGACACUAUCAACUCAGUCGCUGUGCGAAUCUUCAGCUGGUCUGACAGAUUAAUGGAGCUGCGUGUGCGAAGCAGUGUGUGUGUCUGUGCAAAUGUGUUUAAUCAGCGCAGGAGCAGCUUGUAGUGGUGAAUAAUUUUACUGCACCGUUCGAAUUGGUGAUACGAAAUGGGCUGGAGUGUGAAGUCGAGAAUGAAUUGUUAAAGCAGAGCAUAAAUUUCAUACUUUACCGUGCGUAAAGGUGAUUUGCUAUAAAAAGUGUUCUAAAAAGUGUGCUAUAAAACUGUGCUACAUCUUAGUGUACUGAAAAUAAUUAAAGAAAAGGUGUAUUAUACAAAACCUUGUGCAAUAGUGAAACGAGUGAAAGAAGCAACCAUCCUGCUGCACAUCUGAUCUUGCUCCCUCAAGAUCAGUAUCCGUCGGCCGCCGAGUUAGUUCACAAAAAUGCACUUCGGAAUAGCGGAUGCAUCUGUGUGGCUAGUGUUGAUCGCGGUGCGACUACAGCUCUGCACCUGCUCCAAGUACACCUGUGCGAUCGGUUCGGACGGGUUCUGCAUCUUCCAGGGCGUACACAUCGAAAGCUCGGAGCAAGCGGCAAACGUGCAGCUCGAGCCACCGGCCGGCGCCGCCGCCGAUGUGACGCGGGUCAAGUUCCGCGACUCCAGCAUGGUCGCGCUACCGUCCAGCCUGUACGGGGCCUUUCGCCAGCUGCAGGAGCUGCGCGUCUGGUGGAUGCAUCUGCACAGUAUUCACAUCGAUCCGCGCCUGCUGUCGCUCGAUGCGGAGAAGAAUCGCAUCAGCAGCAUCACGACCGAGCCCGGCACGGUGCCGCUGCUCCGCAAGCUCGAGCUCAACCAGAACCGGCUGCGCAACAUCGACAACAUCUCGGUGUUUGAGAACCUGGAGGUGCUCGAGCUAGCGCACAACGAUCUCCGCACGCUCGAUCUUUGUGUGUUCCAGCGCAUGCCCAAGCUGCGGCUGCUCGAUCUUUCCAGCAACAAUCUGGCGCUGGUGCGCAGCUCGAUCGGUGCCGAGAAGCUUGCCUCACUGACAGUAUUAUAUCUGAACGAUAACCGGCUGACCUACCUGGACCUAAGCAUUCUACGAUCGUUCCCGGCCCUCGAGAAGGUACAUCUCGCCAACAACGCGCUCGUGUACGUCGAUCACGACUCGCUGCCCACCAUGCUGCCCCGGUUGCGUGUGUUCCAUCUGCAAACGAACGAUUGGCACUGCGAAGGGCUGGCCGAGCUGAUCGGACAGCUGCGCAAGACGGGCGUCCAAGACUUCAAAACGUUCAGUGCGUUCAGCUGCAAGGAGCGCAUGGUGGAAGGUAUCUGCUGCACCGAGAACAAACCAUUCGCUCUGGUACGCAAAUCGAACCAAUACCUCGCCAGCUACACCUCCGAGCUGAACGGACACACGCGCCACCUGAUGCGGGAGCUGCAGCAUACCCGGCAUGAGGUCGCACGGUUAAUUGCCAACGACAACUACACUCAGGUGUCGCUGCAAAACAUUGGCGACGAGGUGGAGGAACUUCGCAACCAGCUGACGGAUGCACUGUCCUCGCCCGAUCCCGUCACGGGCCGUCCGGUAAAACCACCAAGCGCAGCAGCCGGCAGUCGAACCGCCCCCGGCGGCUCAAUCAAUCCCGAGCGGCUGGUGGCGGAGGUGGCCAAACUAAGGCGCGACUUCCAGAAGAUGGCCGGCGAAAACCAAACGCUCCGCCAGCAGGUGCGCCAGUACGAGAAGCUACGGCAGGAGCUGGAAGCACUGCGCACCGACACGAACGAGACGAAGCUCGCCUUUCAGCUAAUGAAGGAGGAGAACGCACUGCUCCGGCAGGAUCUGAGCCAGCUCGAGCAGAAACUGCAGCAGCUGUUUAGCCGUGGAACGGCCGUCUGAUAGUCCGCGGGAAUGAUGUUUUUGUUCCGGUUGGGUUGAAUCUGAUCUGAGCGCACGCUUGAUGCGUGCGCCGUUUAUCUCUCACGUUAUUAUCUCUCUCUCUCUACUUAGCGCACUUAGAGUGCGGUUCGCCGUCUCUGGCACACCGGCAGGUGUCUCACACUGUCUUUCUCAAGGCUGGAAGCGAAAGCAAUGUGGCUAGAGACGUGUGCCGCAGGUGUUUGAAUCGAAAUCGUAGCAAUCCGUGACAGCUGUGACCGGUAGAACUGUAGUCACUCGUCUCGGGCUGUACUAUGUAUAACUGUACUACACUACUUACACUAACCGUAGGAUGGGCAUAGACGCCUUUCCGAAUCGUACCAAAGAGCACUAAACUAACUAGCUUUAGUAUAGCAACUAGCGAAACGAUCUUCAUGCUUUCGAUGGCAAACCGUAGCAGCAGCAGUAGCAGCAGCAACUAGAAAAUCAAAACAAAAAGAAGACAGAGCAAAGAAAGUAUAUUAUAUUCGAAAGUGUUAUACGAACGUUAUACUUACCUGUGAAAUUGUCCUACCGUUAAAUCUGUCUGUUAGUCCUAACAGUUAGUGUCUGUAUGUGUGUAGCGGCUACCUUCAAGCGGAAUCGUACGUGGUAACGGAAAAGCUCAUCUGCCCCAAACCCCAGUUCAGAUUACACUGGGCAUUUGUUUUGUUUUGUUCCGCCAGCGUACGUUCCGACGCGUGUCACUAAACAAGCAAACAAUUACACUGCACUUAGCUAGCUAGAGCCGCCGCUAAACGUCAUCAACCGUUGCGUCACUUGCGGUCUGUUGGGCGGCCCAGCGUCCGUCGGCACGUGAUUGCGGUAUGACCCACACCGGACUAAGGAGGAAAUUGAGUUGCUGCUGUCCAAACAAGAACCUAAACGUUCUUCCUCAUUUCCUCAUUUGCGGAGAGCGCAAACUGUUCUACACGCUUCUUUCACACAUCGACAGGUCGAUGUAGCUUUUAGAAAGAUUAAUUUAUGACACUUUUAGGCAACGAUUAGUUACUGCUUCUAGGAAUGAUAGUUAGUGAUGAUCAUACAUUACGUUUAUAUUUGUAAUAAUUGUCCUCAAAUCAUGUUUCCCUCAUCACAACAUUGAACUGGAACCUUAGGGUGGCCCUUUCUGUUAGAAUGUUUAGGAUAUUUCUCACUUAAUAUUUAUUAAACGCGAGCGCAAGCCAUAAAACCCAGUCGACAGCUGGAACUUACUCUCGAAUUCCUUCACACACGUAAAGAAUCAAGUGAUGGCUCGAAAUAAGUGCAAGAAUUGUGCUGUAUUGCUUCAUAAGAUUACAAAGAAAUGUAAAAUCGCACACAAAACACUCGACACCCCUAUCCCUCUAUCGUGUAACCGUGUUCGUCGUGAUGCCCAGGCGAGCACCCCUGUCUGACACCGCGCUGCCAUUCGUAGUGUAUUGUACUAGCGUUUAAUUGAACAAUAAAGAAAAACCAAGGUUGCAAACGUGAAA